AUGGUAUCAGCAUGGUCCACCGAAUCUUUCUCGUCGAGGAACGCAAAUGAAGAAGUGUACCCGGCGGGCCGAAUGAAGACCAUGGACUACAUGUACUCCAUCUGGCCGAUUCCGCGGAAUCCCAGCUUGAUCAUGCGAUUCCUGUUCUACAUCAUGGGCGCUCCGAUGGCGGCUACGCAUGUCGUGGCCAAAUUUCCGCGGUCUCGGUUCCGCGAGAGUCGCUACGUUUAUGAUCCCCAGGACCUUAUCUAUACGGAGAAGGGCGCAUACGUAUACUGGGCCACGGCCCAGGGCACCUACGACCUGUUUCGCUAUUGGGGGUUUAGCGACAGCGACUAUGUGGAGGAGGGGGCGGCUGUCGAGAUGGCCGAUGUUGUCGAAGAAGCUGCCGGCGGGAGAUGCCCUGGAGAAGAGCCUCCAUCGAGUGGAAAGGAGGCGUAG